AUGUCAACACGCUGGUCAAGCCACCUGCGUUCCCCCUACAGCUGUCACGAGCUGUUUGGUUUUGACAUCAUGCUGGAUGAGAACCUCCAAGCAGCAUGGGUUCUGAGGUCAACAUCUCACCAAGGGCCAGAUGAUCAGAGAUGUGUUGAACCUGGCGGGUUCCUUCUGCCUCAGAGAGAAGAGGUGCUUCCCUCCGCCAGCAGCUCUGCCAGCAGUCUGUGUGGAGGGACACGGGAGAGAUCCAGACCUGAGAUUUCAACUGAUGAGAAAGUCAAGCGGGCCUUCUACCUGAGCCAGCGCUUCGCAGAUCAGGACUUCUUGUCCUCCGUCCUGGACGUUCUGACUCCAGAGGACGUACGAGUCCUGGCUGAGACUGAGGACGAGCUGAGCAGGAAGGGAGAGUUUGAACGAGUGUUUCCCUCACACUGCUCCUCACGAUACCUGCGCUUCUUCAAACAACCACGCUACCUCAACAUCCUGCUCAACCAGUGGGAGACGAAGUACGGACAUAACAGGAGAGAAGGAGUCUGUGUGCUGAGGAGUCUGUGUCAGAGAGGAGUCCAUCUAGGAACCACCGACCCUGCACAUCUAUGGUCCAAGUCGACCUACGACCCCAGGUCUGAUCACCCCAGGCAGGAGCCAAGCAGAUCGAGUGUGGUGGUGAGUCACAGAACCAGGCCCCAGCCAGACCAGGAGGAGUACUGUUUCUCCCAGGAGGUCACCACCUCCCUCCUGGGCUCCUCCAGCCUGACCACCGAGUCUACAGCCAGCGUGCCACCCAGAGAUGAGGAGUUGGAGGGUUAACCGGCUCUCACUGCACCCUAACGCUGUUGACUUCUUAAAGAAGGCAUAAACACAUCCCGCGUUUGGGCAGGGGAUGUGAACGCCGUAGGUGUGAUGGAGGGUCAACGUGAACACCUUUCUCUCUCUCUCUCUCGAUGCAUAUUCCUCUUUUCACUACCAUAGUCUGAACUGGAGAGGGACAAACAGCUGAGUGUUGGUCCUGGAUAAGGGGGUGGGGCUUCUCUGGACCAGGUGGACAGACAGCAGCUUUGGCCAAUCGACCGAGGAGAAAAUCCAAGGCUGCUCUGCCUACUUAGAGCCAGUCCAAUCAGGUUCCACUCCUAGGUGUGUUUACGUCAAAUAUAAAUCAACAUUUAUUGGUACACAAAUUUUGUUAUUGCAGGUGCAGUGAAAUGCUUGUUUCUAGCAUUUCAGGCUUGUUACUAUGGGAUGGUAGAUAUAACUGCAUUUCAGGCUUGUUACUAUGGGAUGGGUAACUGCAUUUCAGGCUAGUUAUUAUGGGAUGGGUAAAUAUAACUGCAUUUCAGGCUAGUUACUAUGGGAUGGGUAGAUAUAACUGCAUUUCAGGCUAGUUACUAUGGGAUGGGUAGAUAUAACUGCAUUUCAGGCUAGUUACUAUGGGAUGGGUAGAUAUAACUGCAUUUCAGGCUAGUUACUAUGGGAUGGGUAGAUAUAACUGCAUUUCAGGCUUGUUACUAUGGGAUGGGUAAAUAUAACUGCAUUUCAGGCUAGUUACUAUGGGAUGGGUAGAUAUAACUGCAUUUCAGGCUAGUUACUAUGGGAUGGGUAGAUAUAACUGCAUUUCAGGCUUGUUAUUAUGGGAUGGGUAAAUAUAUCUGCAUUUAUUUGGCUGGUCAUUUUACAUAUGCUUCACAAUUUUUACAAUUUGAAGUUGUAACAAUAAUUGUUAUGAAUAAAUAAUUGAAUUAACAGUUGUUCUAUCAGUCCCAGAUUAGGGAAAUAACUGCUCAGGUUCAUACAUUAAAACUGAUAUUUGAAGAAUGA